AGAUGCACCUAUGUAUGGAAUGGUUUUUGAAACAGCAGAUCCACAUACUGAUAAACAAAUUAAUACACAUUUUACUGCUGUUGCUGCUUAUCUUGAAAAACAAGUUGGAACAUUAACACAAAUACCAUUAAUGAUACUUUGUAAAUCAUCAGUUUUAUUAGAUGAUGAACAUUAUUCUCAAAUACUUAAUUUAUCUAGGGAACUUUUAUUAGAUCAUAAUGAAGAAUUAGCUGCUUGUGUUGCAACAAUUGUUAUGCUAACAGCUGCUCGUGCUGAUCAAUUAGUUGAUGCAUUAUUUCAUACUGAAAUGGAGAAUUCAUCUGCAUUAAUACGUUAUAAUGCAAUAUUGAAAUUUCAAACAUUAUGGCGUUUUCGUUAUCAAUUUUGGAUACGAUUAGAAGAAGGUGCACAUUCAAUGAUGAAGAUCCUUCCACCAAGUAUUGAAUUUGUUUUACCAUCACCAGCACUUGGUGUUGCUAAUCUUCAAACAGUUGAUCCAUCAUGGAUGCCACAUGCUAAAACACUUGUUCAACAAGUUGCUUUAAAUCAAGAAGAAGUUCGAGCUGUUGUUACAGCAAGUAAGACACGUAAGAAGCAUCAACAAGAAUUAAUUCAUUCAGCAUUAAUGGCUGAAGAAAUAAAUAAGCGAGUUGCAACAGAAAAACUUUCUGUGUCAUCUGUACCAAUAUUACAAUCAACUUCAUUUGAACCAUUUUUAUAUGAAUCAAGAGAUGAAGAAGAAGAAGGACAUACAGAUGAUGAUCGAUUUGUUGAAACAAGUAGUCAAAUACGACAAGCACAAGGAACAUUUCCUUCAGCAUUUGGUGCAGUUGUAUAUCUUCUUGUUGAAAUGUUAGAAGAUGGAGAAACACUUGAUAAUGGAGCAACAGUAUCAGAAGCUGCUCGAAAAGCUCUCUGGACAUGUUUAGUUGAUGAACCAACAUUAUUAAUUCGUUUUUUCUUUGAAAAAAUUUCUAAUAAAGAACGUCGUAUUUAA